AAAGAAUAAUAUAAAAUAAAAUUUACAACAAAAAAUUCAAUUGGAUUGAAAAGUAUGUUAUAGAGAUGAGGAAAUAGUGAGUAAUUUUUUAUGAUAGAGCAACUGUAAGUUUGAAUACAAGUAGAUGUAGAAAGGGUCCAUAUUGUCAUUAGGAGGGCCAACAUGGAAAACUGCUCCCAAUGGGUUCCGACCCCACAUUGUCCUUUCAUACUAUCCCAACAGCCCAAAUACCUCUGCUCCCACACCCCACAUGAACCCCUUCCCCCAAUCCUCUUAAAUAAAUACCCUCACUCACUCAACUCCACCCAAGCAAUUCAUCAAACACAUUCCUUUCCUUCAUUCUUCAUCUUCAUCUCCUCUCCCAAAAACCUCAAGAAAAAAUGGCAAUCAAGAAAUCAAACAAACUGCCUCAAGCAGCAGCCCUGAAGCAAAUCCUGAAAAGGUGUUCGAGUUUGGGGAAGAAAUACGAUGAAGAUGGGCUCCCAGUCGACGUCCCCAAAGGACACUUCGCAGUCUACGUCGGCGAAAAUCGAAGCAGAUACAUCGUCCCCAUUUCGUUCCUGACCCACCCAGAGUUCCAGUGUCUGCUCAGGCGCGCCGAGGAAGAGUUCGGAUUCGACCAUGAAAUGGGACUCACUAUCCCUUGUGAAGAAGUCGUGUUUCGCUCCCUAACUUCAAUGCUCAGAUGAUGAAGAAGCAUGGAAAAAAAUUGGGAAAAUCGUGAAAGCAUUUUUGGAGAGAGAUGGUCAAGAUGAGAGCAGUAUUUUCGACUGCUUUUCAAUCUUUUUUCAACAUCUUUCUUCACUUUUUUUUUUUUUUUUUCAAAUUUUUUAUUUUUGGGGGGAUUUGAGCUUUAAUCCCAUGUUUUUGGGGUGAUUGUAUUUGACCCUGACCCGAGACCCGUGAACUAACUCAUGGGUUGAAUUUGUAUAAAAACGGUCUGUAAUUUUCCUGGCAGAGGUGGUGUGUUUGUCUACACCCUGCUAGAGAAUUUUUAACGUUAUUUACCAACAAUUUAACCUCCUAA